AUGUUGCAGGAAACGCCAUCACCAACACCAAAGACGACUCAUACGUACGCUCGUCGCUUUGGUCGCACCUUCCACGGUCUCGAUCAUCUCACCAACGCCAGUUUGUGCUCCCGCGAUUUGGGAAAGGUGUUGGUUGACUGUCGACUACGUGUUUCAAAGUCGCAAUGGGGUUGCCUUGGGGUGCCUCCAGCUGGAAGUUCUGCGGCGAUUAUCUACAUGGAUAUCGCUUUCGACCAGCCUCAUAACUGUCGUCUGGCCAGUGGAACUGUUCUCGUCACCCUUGAUGAAGUGACCGCCCCAGCGGCUAUAGACAUAGUCCAUGACGAAUCCCUUCAAAUGACUGAUUACUACGGACCGAAACAUCUCAGCGGAGAAGCAAGAAGCGUUGCUAUCACGGAAACCGUGCAUCUGACACCGGAGUUGAAUGUUCUUGGAAGUGGAGCAAGUGGCAUUGGCGUGGAACGGGAAAAAGCAGCCAGCUACGACAGCCGUUGGUCAUUCACUGGCGGGCUGAUGACAGGAAGAAAGAGCAGUGCGGCCUACCAGACGCUGAAAUGGGAGCUUUGUGAAAACGAUCAGGGUGGCAGAUCGAGUCGUAGCAACGUUAUACAUACGGCAUUUACCCUGCAGCACAGCAAACAGCCGUUCAUCAUGCGGAUUGAGAUUCAGGGCCGACUCAAACGCUCCAGAGAUCGCUUCCGCCAGGGCAUACGGCACUUGAGGUUCCCGAGCUCUCAGGACCCCGACCAGGGCAAGAGCGCGACUCUGGUGUGUCCCAAUGCACGUAUCGGGAUCGAUCGGCCCCUUGAUACGCUAGCAAAGGGCCUGUGUAGUGCUAUGGAGCGUGAAAAUUACGCGAGGAUUCCGGUUGAGAUACCAGAUGCCCUGCCGGUAUCUUUUUCCAUGGACAACGGAGCUGCGCCAACUGUACCACAACUGCACCUAGCUACUCACACCCAAGCAGAUCAGCCUGGCAGAUUGAGGGUUACGUCUGAUUUACCAAGCGGAAUACUACUCUCCCCAGAUGACAUGGCUUCAAGCGCAACGACCAACAGGUCCUCGAGUGUUUCGAACUUCUCUUCCGCAGCAACUCUGAUAGAUACCAUUCAGCGUGGUAUGCGUGACAUGUCCCCCGAUCCGUAUUCCGCUAUCCUGGGGAGCGCCGUUGAAUCCUUAGAUGGUACCCAGCAAGAACGAUCAGCUCGGAAACGGCUAUUAUCGCCGCAGCCACCCUCUGAAGCCCCUGCCAGACAAGACGAAGCAAGCAAAAAGGAACCAGUAUUUGACCAUGACGAGAAUCCAAUGUUGGCCAUAUCUAAAUACCCGGUGUUGAUAUUUCUAGUGAAUGCCCUUGCCAGCAUUUUGGACUUGGUUUUUAUGCAGAAAGGGCCGAGGGAUGCCUUGGGAAAAGAUCCUAUAGUUGGUAAUAAAGCAAAUCAGGACCAGGGGAGUAUUAGCCCAGGGUCACCAUAUCCAGGGCAAUGGCCUCAGGACUGA